UAAAGUUUCCAAAAAGUUAGAAUAACUUCCUCUCUCCAAGACCUCAAUUUUUUGCACAACCCCAGUCCUUGAAAUAAGAGCCCUUCAAGCAACCUGGAAAACGUUUGGUCAGCAAAAAAAAAAAAAAACACCCUCCUGUUUUUCCAAAGGAUCUGUCUCAGGAAUUUAAAGCACAUUUAAGACACACGCACACUCACAUAACAUAAGGAGGGGGGGAAAGUCUCUUCCCCUCCCCUUCGUGCAGAAAGCAUGGAAGAAAGCUCCAGUUCUCCUGUUUCCCCUGUGGAUAGCUUGGGGACCAGUGAAGAGGAGCUGGAAAGGCAGCCAAAGAGAUUUGGCAGGAAGAGAAGAUACAGUAAGAAGUCCAGCGAAGAUGGCAGCCCCAACCCAGGGAAGAGGGGGAAAAAGUCCAGUCCCAGCUCCCAAUCUUAUGAAGAACUGCAGAGCCAGAGGAUCCUGGCCAAUGUCAGAGAGAGGCAGAGGACUCAGUCGCUCAAUGAAGCUUUUGCUGCCUUGAGGAAAAUCAUCCCCACUUUGCCCUCUGACAAACUCAGUAAAAUCCAGACCCUCAAGCUGGCGGCACGGUAUAUAGACUUCCUCUACCAGGUGCUACAGAGCGACGAGAUGGACAGUAAGAUGACGAGCUGCAGUUACGUGGCUCACGAGAGGCUGAGUUAUGCCUUCUCUGUAUGGAGGAUGGAGGGAGCAUGGUCCAUGUCGGCCUCCCACUAGCCACCGCCUGGGCCAGGCGAGCCCAGCUGCCAAAGGGACUGUCCAGUGUCUGAGACUGAAGUGGAAUUGGGAUGUAUCCAAGUUUGUAGCUUCUGAAACCUUAACAACCUCAAGUAAACUGGUCCAAAAGACCCCUCCUGACCUCCCUCACUCUGAACUCUUGCGGACCACUUAGACUGAGCAGAAAACAGCACCAAAGCUAAUGGUCUGAACCUUUGCAACGUCUUUCCCCAAGCGAUUGACCAAAGAGAAAAGAGAAGCAACAUUCCUGGUUGUUUGUUGUCAUUGGGUUUUGUGUCUGUCUGUGCAUUUCGUUUUAUUUCUAUUUCUUUUUCUGAAAAAUCUUAAUUCAGGAAUACAUUUAUGAGACAUCUUUGGGUUCAGAUUUUACUUCCCUUUAGCUGUAUUCUUUUUUGGGUUUUUUUUUGUCUAUUUUUUUUUUAAGUCAAAACCUGAUCUCUUGUACAGUAAUGUUAAGACUGGACCAAGGCUCUCAGAAAAAAAAAGGAAGAAAAAAACCCACCAUGUCCCCAGCUCCCUGCAUGAUUUGUUUCAAGUACAGCCUGGAUUACAGACUGCCCUCCACACUCUAAUGCCUCUUCCUUAUUGCUCCAUGAUUUGCUACCGCUCAUCUCCUCCCCCCCUUUUUUAUUUUUCAUUUUCUGUUCCAGUGUAUAUGUUGCUUAUUUGUUUUAUUUAUUGAGAUAUUUUUAACGAGCUAAGAGACUGCAAUGUCGCUGUGUAUACUGCUUCUCUUGCCAAUAAAAAUAAAGAUGUCAUGCAGCUACUGGGGA